AUGGAAGAGAUCACAGAUGGAGUGAACAACAUGAACUUGGCCGUUGAUUCCCAGAAGAAGAACCGGAUUCAGGUUUCCAACACCAAGAAACCAUUGUUCUUCUACGUCAAUCUCGCCAAGAGGUAUAUGCAGCAAUACAAUGAUGUCGAAUUGUCUGCUCUUGGAAUGGCCAUUGCAACCGUUGUUACUGUUGCUGAAAUACUGAAGAACAACGGUUUUGCUGUUGAAAAGAAGAUCAUGACUUCAACUGUGGACAUUAAGGAUGACUCUAGGGGACGUCCUGUGCAGAAAGCCAAGAUUGAAAUAACGCUUGGGAAGUCGGAGAAGUUUGAUGAACUAAUGGCUGCAGCCAAUGAAGAAAAAGAAGCAGCAGAAGCAGCAGAAGCUCAGGUGCAGAGCUGA